AUGACUGGUCGUGGUAAAGGAGGAAAAGGUUUAGGCAAAGGGGGCGCUAAGCGUCAUCGCAAAGUUCUUCGUGAUAACAUCCAGGGAAUCACCAAGCCAGCUAUUCGUCGUCUGGCCCGUCGUGGUGGAGUCAAGCGUAUCUCUGGAUUAAUUUACGAAGAGACUCGUGGUGUUCUCAAGGUCUUUCUUGAAAAUGUAAUCCGUGACGCCGUUACUUACACUGAACACGCUAAACGUAUUGUAUUUAUUCUAUUCAGAAACGAAUCGAACGAUUAG